AUGGCCAGCAAUGGUGACAAGAUGGCCAGCAAUGAUGACAAGCGCCGCUCUCUACCGGUACGGCGAUCCCUUCUUGAUGGAUUUCUUGAUGAACUUGUGGCCGUCAGCUCCCCGAAGCCAUCGGAGGGGCUCGAGGUGAAGACGUCGAAGCGAGACAAAGCCAAGACAGAGGCCAAUGCAGCAUCGAAGCCAAACGAAAAGAAAGCUCCCAAGCCAGCCAAGAAGAAUCCAACACCUCCCAACAAAAACAAGUCGAUUGUCUCAGUCACUAUCAAAGAAGAUGCAAAUCCCAAGAAGAAGCGCACUCGACAAGAGGGACGACGCAUUCAAACAAUUCAAUCCCUUCCUGCUUCUGAUUUUGCGACAGCCAUCUCCCAGAAGCCAUUGAAGAGACGCAAGGUGAAGGCGUCCGUGAAAGACAAGGCGAAGAGAUCGGAGAAAGCGCCAAAACGAGAGAAGGUCGAUGCACCAAAGAGAGACAACCCGAAGGCGUCUAAGCGUGACAAGAAGAAGAACAACAAGUCGAUCGUCUCAGCCACUAACAACCAACAAGAGACGGCCAAUGCGUCGGAGCCAAAGCCAGUCAAGAAGAAGCCAACACCGGCAAAGAACAACAACAAGUCGAUUGUCUCGGCCACAAUAAACCAACAACCAGCAGAAGCCCUUGGUAUGGCUCUACCAAUACCGGAUGAGCCAACUCGCGCCUCGCCGCAACCGGUGGUUGAGUCUGCUCCUGUCUUGGUCUCUGGGGACAACCCUGUGGUUCCGGAUGAUCCAACUCGCCCGGUACAACCAGGUGCCCCCCCUGCGAACGGCCCGUCGGUACAGGCUGGGUCGGCUGGAUCGGCAACUUUCGAUGGUCUCUGUGCUCAUGGCGACGGAAAUAUGGAUGAUCUAAAGAGCCUUCCACCCAUUCGGUUGCACCCUGCUAGUGUUGUUGCCCCUACAAGCAUCCCACACAGGGGAUCAAUGGCGGAGGAUGAAGAACCCGCACCUGUUCGUUUUAGAUCUACGAGGCAAAUGCUGCGUCUUGACAUUGAUUAUGAGCCUCCCUACAAUAAUGGGUCUGACUCUGAUGAUCACUAUAGGGGUGCCUACCAGCCUCAAAGACCUGAACCAGAAGUGUUCGACUAUGACAUUGUUCGACAAGAACGAAAAGGAUCUCCCAAGCGCCGCCGCCGAUGUAGCAGUGAGCGUAGCAUUGAGCGUAGCAUCGAGCGUAGCACACAGCGCAAGAAGGAGAACGAGGCCCAGACCAACCAGGCCCCCCUUCCCAAGCGCCGCCGCCAAACUCCCAGUGAAAGUAGUGCCAACCACCAAGCCAAUGGUCCCACGGCCGGCAUCAUGAAAAUGACUUCCACCCAGGCCACCAAAAAGCCUCCCCACAAGACCACUGAGAACCAGACUCAGGCCACCCUCGAGGGGAGAGUUUCAUUCAAGCGAAAGCCAACUCCUGGUCCUGCUUCUCUUGAUGAAGACAAUGCUGACGAUGAACGCAAGCAAAAGGCAAAGGAGACUCCUAUUGGUCCUCAUUCUGGUGGAUCAGAUGACGAGGAGGCACCCAAUGGGAGAGUCGGCAUUCGAAGGGGGACUCCUAUUGAUCCUCAUUCUUGUGGCUAA